AUGAAGCCGCCCGUGCUGAUGAGGGUCACUCUGGGAACAGCCCCAGCAAACAGCCUGGGAACGACACAGAGGCUGGGUUCAGGUCAGCAGGAGAACGCUCUUCACAGCAGCAGGAGAACCUCCUCACAGCAGCAGGAGAACCUCCUCACAGCAGCAGGAGAACGCUCCUCACAGCAGCAGGAGAACGCUCUUCACAGCAGCAGGAGAACCUCCUCACAGCAGCAGGAGAACCUCCUCACAGCAGCAGGAGAACCUCCUCACAGCAGCAGGAGAACCUCCUCACAGCAGCAGGAGAACCUCCUCACAGCAGCAGGAGAACGCUCUCACAGCAGCAGGAGAACGCUCCUCACAGCAGCAGGGAGAACCUCCUCACAGCAGCAGGAGAACGCUCCUCACAGCAGCAGGAGAACCUCUCACAGCAGCAGGAGAACUCCUCACAGCAGCAGAGAACCUCCCACAGCAGCAGAGAACGCUCCUCACAGCAGCAGGAGAACGCUCUCACAGCAGCAGGAGAACCUCCUCACAGCAGCAGGAGAACCUCUCACAGCAGCAGGAGAACCUCCUCACAGCAGCAGGAGAACCUCCUCACAGCAGCAGGAGAACCUCCUCACAGCAGCAGGAGAACGCUCCUCACAGCAGCAGGAGAACGCUCUUCACAGCAGCAGGAGAACGCUCCUCACAGCAGCAGGAGAACCUCCUCACAGCAGCAGGAGAACCUCCUCACAGCAGCAGGAGAACGCUCCUCACAGCAGCAGGAGACGCCUCACAGCAGCAGGAGAACUCUCACAGCAGCAGGAGAACGCUCCUCACAGCAGCAGAGAACGCUCCUCACAGCAGCAGGAGAACCUCCUCACAGCAGCAGGAGAACGCUCCUCACAGCAGCAGGAGAACGCUCCUCACAGCAGCAGGAGAACGCUCCUCACAGCAGCAGGAGAACGCUCCUCACAGCAGCAGGAGAACGCUCCUCACAGCAGCGAGCAGCAGGAGAACCUCCUCACAGCAGCAGGAGAACCUCCUCACAGCAGCAGGAGAACCUCCUCACAGCAGCAGGAGAACCUCCUCACAGCAGCAGGAGAACGCUCCUCACAGCAGCAGGAGAACGCUCCUCACAGCAGCAGGAAACGCUCCUCACAGCAGCAGGAGAACCUCCUCACAGCAGCAGGAGAACCUCCUCACAGCAGCAGGAGAACCUCCUCACAGCAGCAGGAGAACGCUCCUCACAGCAGCAGGAGAACGCUCCUCACAGCAGCAGGAGAAACCUCCUCACAGCAGCAGGAGAACGCUCCUCACAGCAGCAGGAGAACGCUCCUCACAGCAGCAGGAGAACGCUCCUCACAGCAGCAGGAGAACGCUCCUCACAGCAGCAGGAGAACGCUCCUCACAGCAGCAGGAGAACGCUCCUCACAGCAGCAGGAGAACGCUCUUCACAGCAGCAGGAGAACCUCCUCACAGCAGCAGGAGAACCUCCUCACAGCAGCAGGAGAACCUCCUCACAGCAGCAGGAGAACCUCCUCACAGCAGCAGGAGAACGCUCCUCACAGCAGCAGGAGAACGCUCCUCACAGCAGCAGGAGAACGCUCUUCACAGCAGCAGGAGAACCUCCUCACAGCAGCAGGAGAACCUCCUCACAGCAGCAGGAGAACCUCCUCACAGCAGCAGGAGAACGCUCCUCACAGCAGCAGGAGAACGCUCCUCACAGCAGCAGGAGAACGCUCCUCACAGCAGCAGGAGAACGCUCCUCACAGCAGCAGGAGAACGCUCCUCACAGCAGCAGGAGAACGCUCCUCACAGCAGCAGGAGAACGCUCCUCACAGCAGCAGGAGAACGCUCCUCACAGCUAACUUCUCAAAACAAUAA